AUGAGCCGCAAACGGAAGAGUCGUGCGCCGCGCAGGAACGACGGCAUGGGCGACGGCGAAGGCCUGAGCUUCGUGCUGGAUACACAGAGUGCGGAUGUGCCGGAUGGCGCACGCCCACCGCCCUCGGACGAGGCGGCGCCGGCGACGUGCGACACGUCGGGCCUGGCGCUGCCGAGUCAUGUGGCGAUUGUGCGUGACGCGGGCCCGCCCCCCAGCGAGGCCGCGGAGCCGGGUCGCCUGGGCGACUAUGAGCAGCUGGAUGCACAGGGAUCGCGCUACUAUGAGGCAGAGGCCGACGAGGAGCGCAGGCGCAGAGGCACAUGCCCCGUGUGUGGCGAGACAGGGCACGACAAGAAAAAGUGCCCUUACACGCAGUGCCUCGCGUGCGGCGCCGUGAACGAGCACGCGACGCGCAACUGCCCCCUCGGCACGAGCUGCUUCCGGUGCGGCGGCGUUGGGCACCGCAGCAAGGUAUGCACUAUGCACUCACGCCAGGACUGUCCCGUGCCGCGCACGUCCAUGCACCGCCGCCGCGUGUGUGAGCGCUGUGGCCGCCCUGGACACCCCGACACCACGUGCCCCACGCUGUGGCGCAUCUAUACCUACCGGAGCGACGACGAGUACGAGCGCGAGCGCUCCCGCCUGCGGCGCCACGAGCUGCGGCGCACGGCGCAGCUCGCUGCGCAGCAGGAGCGGCGGCAGAAGCGGCAGCGCAGCUGGGCCGUCUCGCUUGUGGAGCCGACGGACGAGGCGGGCCCGAGCGAGAGCAGCAGCGACGACGACGGCGACACACGCCCCCCGCCGGGCUGGGACCCUGCGCAGCUGUGCUGCUACAACUGCGCGCGCAUGGGUCUCCACUGGGGCGACGACUGCCCCCAGCGGCGCACGAACCCGACGCGGCCGACCGGCGACCCCUCGGCGUUCAGCGUGGAGCUCGCGGACGCCGGGCCCUUCCACCGUGCGGCGCCGGGCCUGCGUCUGCGUGGUGCGAGCACACGGCCCCUCCCUGAAAGCGUGCAGGCCGACUCCGACGCCGAUGCGCGCGACUGGUUUGCGCGCCACCAAAAGCUGCGGCAGCCUGCGCUGUCUGCGCCAUGGGACGCCGAGCCACCGCGUGCUCCGCGCCGGUCGUCCUCCCAGGGCGCUCGUGCGCCUGCGCCCCUGCGGCGGCCGCGCGCCAAGGACGAGGCCCCUCGGCCGCGCAGGACGCGCCUGCCGCGCUUCCGGCCCCAGUACCGAGGAGGCUACGCCUAG